AUGACGCACACUAGGACUCACCAGGCCGGCCAGCACGCAGCGCCGCCGCCUGACGGACGAAAGCGUCCGUUCAAGGUCUGGGACCACCGGAGGCACACCAAAAAAGGCCUGGUGGCGGCUUCACUAGGCGAGCUGCUGACUAGAGGUCGAGAAAAGCUCAAGUAUGACGUCAGCCGUGGCGUCUCGGCCGUGCUGGAGUCGGACGGCACCACCGUGGACGACACCGAGUAUUUCGCCACGCUGCCGGACAACACAGUCUUCCUUCUGCUGCGGGACUCGGACCGCUGGCUGCCGCCCGGUGUCGACAUGCUCAGAGCAGCCCUGACCUGCAUCCCACGCAUCGUCUGCCAAACCAUGCACGCGCUCGACCUGCGGGACGAGGCGCCCUCCUGGAAGAUCGCCGACAACCGCGGCCAGGUGACCGUGCAGCUGCACUGGGACUCGGCGGCGGGCGGCGAGCGGUCCGAGCGGCGCGCGCACCUGGUGGUGCGCGGCGUGGGCGAGGGCAGCUCGGUUGAGUCGGGCACCGUGCACGUGCACACGGCCGAAUGCGGCGCGCACCACCCACACGUGCACCACCACCACGCGACGCGCGGCUCGCCGGCCGACCAGUGCGACUUCCACUGCUGCGCGCUGCAUCGGGGCGGCGCGCCGACCACCGCCACCAAGUCGGCGGCCACGUCGCCUAUUCAGGAGGCCGCCAGCGGCCGCCGGCCGCUCACGCACGCUCGCUUCGACGAGGUGGCCCGGGCGGAGACGGCAGCAGCGGCGGCGGCGAAGGGCGCGACGGCAGAGGAAAGCUCCGAGUCAGAGGGGGAUAACACGGUCAACGAGGAAGGCACCAGCCAGAAGCUGCUGCUGCUGGUGGACCAGCUGAGUGUGGAACGAACGCGCUACCUCAGCAUCAAGGACAUCGGCAUCAUCCUGGAGCGGCUGAGCUCCAAGAUCCUGGACGUGGAGCGGAUGGAGCGCGAGAAGGACGGCGACGACUGCCACAACUGGACGCUGAAGGCGACCAUCCGCGGCGACGUGCUGCGUGACAUCGGCGUCGUCUACCACGGCCACUACCACAGCAUCAGUGAGCACCCGCGGUACGCACGAUGGCGCGCGCAGGCCGCCCACCUCGCUCUGAGGGCGAUCCCGGGAUUCGACGGAGAUUAG